UGGUUUUCUGUAGAUAGGCCUUAAUUAAGGUAACUUCUGUGAAAAAAGAGCAGAUUUGUGCGACCUAAAUGAGGUGCAAAUGCAAACUCAAAAUGCAGACAUCUGGGUAUUCCUUUGUAAGCAGUGCAAGCUUCCAAUUAUUUGUCUACAAGCGGUGCACCAAACAAAGAAGGUUCUAGGAGAGACCAUAGAAAGACCCAUCAGUCAGAAGCAAGACUUGGAUAAUCUGGGUUGGUUGUCCAUUCGGUACCCACUGAAACACUCCUCCUCACCCACAUGGAAGAAGCAACGUGAGGCAUGUCAUCUCUGGAAAACAUACGAUACAGAAAGUUGAGAAAACAGAGAUAUAGAUAAUUGGACAGGUUGCAAGGCUUUCUUUGAGCACAUGGCGCACCAAGAAUACAAUCAAGCGGUACAAUUUGUCUCUUGUAAAGAGUUAGGAAGCAAGCAAGAGCAUUAGACGCUUAGCAGCAGGAAGGAAAUAGGAAUUUGUAGGAGGAAUGAUGGAAUUUGUUUUUCGUCUACUGUGUGUGGCUAAUUUGAAGCCCACGUGACCAGCCCAAAUCUGCAAGGGAAGAGCUCUUACAAACCAAAGAAGUAGCGGAGUUACACCAAGAAGCAGCGGCAUUACACCAUUCUUACAUACUUUUUAUAUAGGGAAAAUUGGGGACUGUCGGUUUUACUGGCAUAGCAAUUAAGUGCAAAGAUGGCUGCAGCUUUCACUUCCAAAUCGUUGCGUGCUGCCCGUUCAUUGUUGGGAGGCCUUGGCAACAAUCUUGGUGUACAAGGAAUGCCACAUGAGAUGUCAUGCAGUGAGUUCUUGUUUCAGCAAUGCAGGACUUUCAUUCAGAUGAGGACCAAUCUUAAAGUGGUGGACAACUCAGGGGCAAAACGAGUGAUGUGCAUACAAGCUCUGAAGGGGAAGAAAGGGGCGAGACUGGGGGACACGAUAGUUGCAUCAGUAAAGGAAUCCCAACCUGGAGGCAAAGUGAAGAAAGGAGAUGUUGUUUAUGGCGUUGUCGUGCGUGCUGCCAUGCCGCGGGGCCGUUGUGAUGGAAGUGAGGUCAAGUUCGAUGACAAUGCUGUGGUGCUUGUCAACAAGCAAGGCGAGCCAAUAGGAACCAGAGUAUUUGGGCCAGUCCCACACGAGCUAAGGAAGAAAAAGCAUGUCAAGAUUCUUAGUCUUGCAGAGCAUAUUGCCUGAGGUUAAAAGGCCAAGUGCACUCAGUCAAGCACAUCUAGCAUGCCAAUGCCAAGGCAAAGGCCUACUCCAUCAAGCAAGGCAUUGCCAAUUCACCCAAAUUCCAGUCAGUCAAGCAGGGGUAGUAGGUUAGUGCCCACUCACCCACAUUCCCAUCAAUCAAGGGUAGCAACCCAAGAAUUUUUCUUUUGUUAUGUUUGUGUAUCAAGGGUAGCCGAGAAAAACAAUUGCUUUUGUGGGAUUUUGUUUUGUGGACCGUUGCUGCUGCUAUUUUAUAUGAUCAAUUGAAUGUUAGUUUAUAUUCUUACUA